GCUGGAGAGUUUCAAAGAAAGGAAAACUAGCGCUCCCCUGAGCUCACCCAGCAAAACAACAGAUUCCUAUCUAUAUCCCAAUUCCACCACCACCCCCCCCCCAACCCCAACCCCCACACCCACCUCCCAUUACUGCCCCCUCAGGCCCACAAGCACUCUGUACAACCAGAACUCCUGUGUUACGAUUAAUGUGGCCUUAGAAAUUAGUAUAUACUUUUUUUGAGAGGCGAUUUUGCUUCACUUGGCUCUACAGCCAAAUGGACAAGAAUACCGGUGACAGAAAACUUGUUGAAUUCAACAUCUUCUGCAGCAGCUCAAUGGAAUCUGACUCCCCGUCCCUCUGAUUUCAUAGUCUCCCUCUGACAUGAUGUGAUCUGUCAUGUCUGCAAAAGAAGCCAAAACUAUGACAUCAUGUAGCAAAAAUAAAUACAAAAUCUGAAGUGCUUUGAACUGCACUUGCUGUGGGAAAAGUUCCCAAAAAACUGUUGGCAUUGUAAAACAAACCAAUUUUUAAGGAAACACAAAACUGUUCGGGAAAGCGUUAAUCUUCACUGUGUUUAUGCAAAAAUGCCUACCGGCCUUUCAGUUCUAAAAAAUCAGAGCAAACUCGGUAACAGUUCUGUGAGUUUGUUGGAGAAAAUGGCUCCAAACCUGGCAACCCUGUUCUGUACCCUCGCUUCUCAUGGUCUGAGUUCAUCGUCCCCCUUGUCCCUCUCCUGCCAUGUUUCUGAUCACGUAAUGUGACAUCGAACAGCAGACUAAAGUCAAUGCGGAUGGACUGUGUGGCUCCAGACAAAAGAGUGGGAAAAAGUGCUGAUUAUGCACUAAAGACCUGCUGUCAGUUUUAUUUAACUGCUGUGUCACAUUUAGGGAGCGAAUGUGUGUUUGCACAUGUUUGGGGCGAGGCACAACAUGCUGCACAGGAUAGGACCAGUUGGAAGCAGAUAGUCGCAGCCUUAUGUUCCACAGGGAACGAAGAGGAUUAAAAUGCAGGCUGUGUUUCCAAGGCUUCUGUGAUGGAGUACUGGACAGGGAACCAAAGGCAGCCGUCUCUGUACUCUAAAUAUGGGACUGUUCCAGGGCAGAACCUGUCACAUGUGUACCGAGAGAAGCAGCGCACGCCACACUCCCAGCAGCCCUUGUACGAGAGAGAUCUCAGCCGUGAGAUGAACUGGUGGACAGCGCCCGGCUCUCGAACUGGCUGGGUUCUGCGGGAUCACACCAACAGGACAGGCGUACAGCCGUCCGACUUCCCCUUUGCAUUAGACAGCCAGCCCCGCUCACAAGGCUUCAGCAAUCAGCAGGGACGCGAGAGAGCAGAGAGGGAGUGGGCGCGGGCGGAAAUGGAGAGGGCACACAAAGAGCAGGAGAGGGAAAGGAGGGUGCAAAGGGAGGGGUGGGGGAGGAGGUGGGAGCCGUGUAGCCCCUUUCGCUACAGGAGAGACUGCAAGAGGAGCAUGAGUGACAGCAGCCACCGUGAACUGGAGGCCUGGGCUUCCCGCUACUGUCACUCGUUGCCCAGGAAGAGGCGCAUGGAGGCCGAAAUGUGGGGGGCUCAGGGGUUCCAAAGGGUGCAGGCGCAGGAGAGAGAAAGGCUCACACAGUGGGUGGGUAGAGAUGGCAGUGUGGACCUCCAGAGCACAUACCCUCCACCAACAUGGAAUUCUCCCAUGAGAGGGUGGAGACAAGAGGAAGAAAGGCAACCAGCAGUUCCAUUUAGACCUCCUCAGUCCCCUUUCCUCAAGAAGUCGGGGGAGAAGAAUCGCAAGGAGAAUGAACUCAGUUACCUGCAAAGGGUGUCAAGCCUACCCCCAUCAUACAAUCCCCCUCCACCCUACAGUGCUCCCCAUUACUCUCUGCUUGAAACACUGCAGCCUCAUAAAUAUGCUAUGAAAGACACCGUGAGUUAUGUCAAACCAAAUUUAGUACAACAACAUGAACAGGAGGGUAACUAUGGCAUGCUUGUGGCUUCUGUGAAACAGGAAGGUCAUAGAGACGUGAUGGGGCAGCAAGGAGAGGAGGCAUGGAUGGAAGAGUGGAAUAAUAGGAAACAGCUUGAUCUCCAUCACAGACAAGGACAUGGUGAUAACAAGACAAGGAAUGGCUCUCCCCUUCCACCAAAACCUCUGCUGGAUAGCACUGCCCAGUCACCAUACCAAGGGCAGCCAGAGAUCACACCUGAGCUUAAAGAGCAAACCCUGCCUGACGCCAGCAAAGGUGUUAAGGCUAAGCUAAGAAAGAAGAGAGGGCGAGAGACAGUCUUUUGCCUGGUGUCCCGUCUUGGUGGGUUAGCCGGGUUGUCCAGCUCUCCCGAAGAUCCACUGCAGCCUAUCUCUUUGCCAUUGUUCGGUGUUCCAAACCUGACUGGCACAGCAGGUUCAGAGACAGGAGUGCUGAGGAGUGAGGGUCGUGGAGAAGGCAGCACGGGCUUCCAGCUUGCAGAUGAAAUUGACUCUAAAGUCACAGAUCAGCAUCAGUUCAGCUCUUCAAGCAGAGCGCCUCCUUUAUGGACCCCUCUCCCAAAGAUGAGCGGCAGCUCCAGCUCCCCGGCUGUUCACACCUACACUGGGAAUGAACAGGAAGCUGCACACAGAGAGGAGCUAUUUCGGGCUAUUCAGACUGGACCAAGGUACCAGACAAGGGAGACAAACUGCCAAAGCCUUGUAAAUACUGAGGACACUGAAGGUUCCAAGACUAAGAGCCCUCAAGCUAGAGCAGCUCCUGAAAUGGGCAAGAGAGUGGAACAACCCCAUGGUUCAAUUAAGUUCCCUUUAUGGAAGGAGCCUAGUCUUGUGGCUCAAGUGAAUACUAAUCCUACCUGCCAAUGCAUUAAAGGGAGCUGGGAGCAACAGAGUGGGGCAGCUGGAGGUCUGAUCCAUAAUCAAGAUGAUUCAACUAGUACUAUAUGUGGUUAUACCACUGAGGAGAGUAUGCUGGAGCACAAGGAAGACGCCAUAUCUGAUGGAAGCAGGGGCAUUUUCAUCAUUGAUGCCACCUGUGUUAUUGUGAGAGCAGAGUUCAUCUCCCCCCCUAAAAAAGAGCAUGUCCAGUAUCCAUCUGAAGUUCAGAGUCAAAACCCUGGCCCUCUUAACAACACAGGAAUCAUAAAUAAUAACCCUGCUGUCACAUCUGAACAGGAAUCAGAUAUUUUACCACAGGACAUCCUAUCGCAAAAAAGUUGGGAAGAAACAGAGGGAGAGUUAGGGAAACAGGAGUUGCAGUCCCAAGAGCCAGACAAUGAAGAAAAUGUAACUCUCCUGCAUAAAAGUCCUUCAGAGGCAGAUGUAUCCAGCAGCAUCAGUGCCAUUGAAGCAGAGGGACCAAGUGAAUUCCCUAAUUCCAGCUUGCUCAGUCCAGUGAUUCCUGCUAAUGAGACCCUGGAGGAGAGGGCUGUGAGGAUCCUAGGGAUUCCCCUCCUGGGCUCCAGUGUUGAAGAGACAAAGUCAAAGGAACCACCCCCUGAUUCUGCAGUACACGAUACUGGUGAGAUGCAACAGUCCUCUUCUGAUCUACCUUCCAUGGAACGAGGGUCAGAAGCAACACAUGAAGGAGAACAAGAUGAGGAUCAGAACUAUUUGCAAGAUAGUGACACUGCAGAGGAGAACCUGCAGUUAGGUGGGGAAAAUACCCCUGGUAUGGAAAUGGAAGAGAGAUGCAGCCAAGUCGAAGAGCCGAAAUCCAUACAACAUACUGACAUGCAUGAGUCAUCUGUGGAGGACAAGGCUGAUAUUUGCACUGAAAUACAAGGCAUCGUCAUGCAAGAGACUAACUCAGAGGAAAGGGUAUCUUUCGAUUCUCAAGUCAACCAGGAUGCCUCUAGUCAUUUGAAGGACAGUCAUGGUUUGCCAUCACUUUCUGAGAACCUCUGUCUGGCUCCUUCUUAUUUUGACUCUCCCCCACACACACCUCCUAAGACUCCCACUCUAAUGCCUCCUCUCAGCUUCUCCUUGCCUCUGUCUGGGUCUCCCACUAAUGAUCUGUUGCAAGUGCCCUCUCCUCUCUCACACACUGCUUCCUGUUGUUCUCUCUCUAGGUCUGCCUCAUGCACUUGCUCUUCUUCAAGACCUCACUCUCCGUUGUGCACUGUAUGCUCCUCCAACCAUCCCCAGGACUCUAACUCACUUACCCACUUUCCUUCUCCUCCUCUCUCUCCCUUUGUUCCUCACUGUACUUCCAGUUCUUCUCUCCCCCUUGAUGUAUUCUCAAACUCUGAACACCAAAGUCUUGAGACACCAGUAGAAACAUUACUUCCUCCCCAGAGUCUGUCUCCUAUUCAGAGAGAGGAGCCUCAGUACCCUAAAUCCCUCUGGGAUGCCGUCUACCGUAUUCGCAGACACACAGCCCCCGACUCAGAGAAUGAGGAGGAGGAGGGAGGGGAACUCUGGGAUAAUCCAGAGAAUGUGGGUGAGGACGGAGAAGUCAAGGAAGCACCAAUUGAUCUGGUACGCAAGAGAGAAAUAGACCGGAGCACAGUACUGAUGGCACCUCAGAAUCAAGAGGUAUUGGAAGAGGAUUCCACUGACAACUCAAUAGAUCAAUCAGAAGAAAUCACUGCUCUGGAAGGACGAGGGAAUACAGUGAUGCCAGAUACUAAGCUAUUAGGAGAAAGGGUGGGGCUGCAAGAGGAAAGGCAAGGGGAGGAGGAGAUAGGUGGGCAAGUGGAUGAUGACACAUUGUCCUGCAGUAGUUCUGACAGCCACACCUCCAGGGACACUGUGAUUAUGGGGAGGGAGAAAGAGGGGGAAGAGAGAACAGGUGAGGAUAUUGGGGAGGGGGUGAAAGACAAUGAAAUGAGAGUGGAAAUUGAAACAAAGCAAAUAAAUCAAAUAUCGCUCAGUUGUGAGAAUAAAAUGUGUGGUAGCUCAGAGGAAUUACCAGAGGCAGAAGAGACUGAGAGUUAUGGGAAGACAUCAGCCUUGAUUGAACUCGGUCAUGCUAAGGAAUGCUUUGGAGAUUCAGAUGAGACAGCUCUGGUUGGAGAAACAGACAACACGCCUACAGUUGAAACAGACCUGGGGAGGGGUGAGGAUGGAGAAUUUGUUUCUGUUGUCAGUGGUGAGGGAGAAAUGGAGGACCUUGUAUGUCUGGGUGCAAUGGCGCAUAGUAAUGUGAAAGAGGGGAAGCAAAAACGUGUUACUGUAGAGAUCGUAAGGAGUGUUGAGUGUUGCAGUGACACUAACCAAACUAAAGGUAAUCGGGACAUUGGGCUCAUGGCAGAGAACAAGGAUGUGAAUAAGGAUGCCAGAUAUGAAAAAAUCGACAUGGAGAGAAACACCUGCAGUACGCCUGAAGGUGGAGGGGCAGACAUGGAGGAAGAUAUUGCAGACUGCUCAUGCCACACUAUAGGGUGCCAUGAUGCUAAAGGUGCCAUGCUGAACAGAGACAGUGCACCUGAACCUGAGACGGGGCUCGCUUGCGAUUUGUUUGUAACAGGAGUGGCUCAACAAGGGAAAGAGCCUGCUGAGAUCACAGACCAGCAUGAGGCAGACAUUUGGCCUCCUGAAGAGGAGGGCAACCGCUCUACCCAAGACACUGUGCAAGACUUGCAAGAAGCAGAUAGCAUACAUUUUGAGGAAAAGUAACACAUUGACACAGUUUGUCACAAUCAGUAGCUAUUGCCACCAACCUUUAACUUGUCUGCAGUGUGCUGUGUAUCUGGAUAGUUCUGCUCUGUUCCAUUUCGAAAGCCGUGGAUAUUGGUGUGCAUAAAGUGCAGGUUAUAAAAUUUAAAUUCUGACGCUACUAUUUUUGAUUAUAAUAAAAGUAUAUGUCUCCACA